AAACAUAUUAAAAAAGAAAAAUCUAACAAUUAAAAAAUCCUUUUUUCCCUUCGGAUGAUUACAUAUCCUCUUUUGUUACUAUGUUGAUUCUUAAACCUUGGGGAAUUAGAGAAAGAACCAACUUCUGGAGUCUGUACAAAUUGAAGGUGUUCACAUAAUAUAAUAGGACGCGUUCCUUUUCUCUCAUUGUAUUUUUCCGACAGCCAAAUCAUCCACAAUCAUAAACAUUCCUAAUCCUAAGCAACAAUUUCCUUCCAAUCCAUCCUAUAUGAUCUUUCCUUCCCUUGAAGGUAUAUAGGGUUCUUUUUUUGGAUCUCAACCUGUCCCUCUUCCUAUACCAUAAAAGCAAAUCCAACCCAUAAAGAAUCCCAUAUUUUCUGUCUCAUCUUUCCUUACCUCAUCUGGGUUUUGUCCCUCAAUCCGAAAGGAUUGAAGUUCCUGAGCAUCUCUGGUGCAUGUUCUUGUUUUGAAUUUAAGUUUUUAAUCUGAUUAAUGAGAAAGAAGAGGAAAGGGAGUGAAAUUUUAGGCCCAAAACAGAUUGGGGCUUUCGAGGGAUCCCAUGAUCUUAAUUCAUCGGUAUCGAAUUUACGAUUUCAUUACUCUUUAGAAGAUUAUUCAAGGUUGAAAAAGAGAUGCAAGGAAGAGGGUGAUGGUGGGGUCGGGGGUUGUGAAAUUGUUAAGUCAUGUAAAAGUACUAGGCUUGCUGGCAUUGCUGCCACAGCGCCACCAUGCGGGGCCUCGUCCAUAGGGUUAUCGGGUCGAGGGCUUAAGCGGAAGAUAGGGUGUAUAGAUACCGCAACUCAAACUGGUAGGAAGAAUAAGCUUGAGGAUGAUUAUGAGUUGGUGGACAAGAUUGGGAGAGGAAAAUUUGGAUCAGUUUGGUUGUGUAGGAGUAAGGUUACUGGGGUACAAUUCGCAUGUAAAACACUGAAGAAAGGUGAGGAGACUGUUCAUAGAGAGGUGGAGAUAAUGCAGCAUUUAUCAGGCCAUCCUGGUGUGGUGACAUUGGAGGCAGUCUAUGAGGAUGAUGAAAGUUUUCAUUUGGUGAUGGAACUAUGUUCUGGUGGGAGGUUGAUUGAUCAGAUGGCCAGGGAAGGCCUGUACUCUGAGCACCAGGCUGCUAAUAUAUUUAAGGACUUGAUGCUGGUAAUCAAGUAUUGCCAUGAAAUGGGGGUUGUGCAUAGGGAUAUAAAGCCUGAAAACAUUCUUCUAACUACUUCUGGAAAGAUAAAGCUUGCAGAUUUUGGCUUGGCUGUGAGGAUUGCCAAUGGUCAGAGAUUAACUGGUUUGGCUGGAAGUCCAGCUUAUGUUGCACCUGAAGUUAUAGUGGGGGAUUACUCUGAGAAAGUGGAUAUAUGGAGUGCUGGUGUUCUUUUACAUGCUCUCUUGGUUGGUGUUCUCCCAUUUCAAGGAACCUCCUUGGAUGCUGUGUUUGAGGCAAUUAAGAAUGGCGAGCUUGAUUUCCAUUCAGAAACAUGGAAAUCAGUCUCUAAACUUGCAAGAGAUCUCCUGGAGCGUAUUCUUACUAGGGAUGCGGCGGCAAGAAUAACUGCUGAUGAAGUGCUAUGUCAUCCAUGGAUUUCAUUCUACACUGAGAGGAUGUUGAAGACUCUGCCUAUCAAGUCAAAGGUUAGGCUUCAUUUUGGUGGCGCAUCUACUCCAAUGUCAGCUACUGCAGGAAGAUUGCAGCUGGAUAGCAAUAGAAGAGGUGAUACACCCACUGAGGAUGCAAGUCCUGUUUCAUCACUGGAGAGUCUUCCUAAAGAUUUAGGGGAGCAAGAUGACUCGGGUUUAGUUGAUGCACUUGCGGUUGCAAUUUCACAUGUAAGGAUAUCUGAGCCUAAAAGGAGCAGGCUGUGUGGUCAUGGUCCCAGCAGUCCGAUACGGGAGCAGCACUCCUCUAACAUGAAGGCUGGCAGCCUCUGCAAAGCAUUUUGACUCUCGUGUACAUAAAGCUGACAGGACCAAGUCUGCCUUAAUUAACCAACUAGCUGCAGUUUCUACAGCUAAGAGGGUUUCCACCCAAUAACCUACCUCCUACGACUUUCUGGGAUUAAUCUAGAUUGACUUGUAAUGGUUUAGGCUGACAGUUCUGCUUACAUGAUUUAAGCAAUAAAUCUGAUGUACAUACAGAGAAUCUGUAAAUAGAUUAACGUUGUAUGGCCCGUUUCAUGCACAUGCUGUGCUGACUAAUGAAGUGAUUUGCUGCUUAUGUUGUUAAA